ACGUGGUAUUUCACAAGACGCACAGCUCCCUCUGGUGUUGCUUAUUGGAAUAGGACAUUAUUUGGAGUGAAAGUUUCGACAGUCCACAUUGGAAGAACCAAUUAAUUAACAGUUGCUGUUUUCUUACCGGGUAAAAUGUGUUGUAACCCAACACGGAAGUGACGGCUCGCAUUCGCAGAAAGCGUUGUUUUGCUUCAUCUUCAGCUAACUUUCAGCCAAGUAGACACCUCUUUCACACUCAAACGUCAAAAUGUCUUCAGACUUUGAAGCCUACGAACAGGACUUUGGAACCCUGACAGCAGAAAUAACAAACAAAAUUGGAAGGAUUCCCAAAUUAGGUGGAAAGGAGAAGACACAGCUGGUUCUAAAUGUCGACAAACAGCUUGAAGAAGUCAGAGAAUUGAUGGAGCAGAUGGAUCUGGAGGUGCGUGAGAUCCCCAUCCAGUGCAGAGGCAUGUACCAGAGCAGACUGAAGAGCUACAAGGGGGAGAUGGAAAAGCUGGAGAAAGACUUUAAAAGGUCACGAAUCGCCUACAGUGAUGACGUGCGGAACGAGCUCCUGGGGGAAGACGCUGGCUCCUCGGAGAGUCAGAGAGCACAUCUGUUGGACAACACAGAGAAGCUGGAAAGGUCAUCUCGGAGGCUGGAAGCUGGCUACCAGAUAGCAGUGGAAACCGGAGCACAUCAAAGGCAAGCAAGGGGGAGAGAGGUGUACGGGCGACAGAGCAGGCGCCGCUGCUCCUCGUUUGGCUCCUGGGAAAAACACACGCUCUUCUCCCCUGCAUCUGCGUGUGUGUGUGUGUGUGUGUGUGUGUGUGUGUGUGAGUUGUUUUUUAUAGCGCCAAAAAGACAGGGGUCUACUGAAAUAAACAACAUCAGCGUUUCCUCCACUAGUUCUUAAUUUAGAGACCCAAACAAAGCACAAUAAACAUCACUGAAUACAUGGCCAUCUCGAACAGAAAGUCAUGUGUUUUCCUCAUUACCAAGGUUAGUUUUUUUUUUUUAUCUUUAAAUAUGGAGAAAUUAUCUCAUUUGGAUUUGAAAUAGAUUAAACCAGUUAUUCGUUUUUUCUCCUCCUGACAGUCACAACAUUAUUGAGUCACAGUGUAUUCCUUAGAGAGAUAUCAAAGCUCAUUCUUGAAGAAUCAACUGGCUUUCUGUGGCUUCCGCAGUAGUUUUGAAAAAGUUUUGUUCAUUUACACUAUAAUGGAGGAAUGGCGCGCGUGUGACAUCGACCGAUUUAAUCAUUCACGUCGAGAAAGGGGUGCACAGACCACUGCCUUUUGAUGUUCAGUAAGUAGAACUCACAAAUUCAUAAAUACAAUCUGCAUUCUCUGCUUAAAAAUGUUGUUUCAUAUGAUUCUCUGAUGAUCUCCGAGACUUAUAUUAUUCUUGUUUUCCCCGUGUCGAACUCUGUGGCAGACCCUAUUUUGAUUCCAUUCAGUCACGUAUUUCAGUUGAAUGGCUCUUUUUGAUGGUUUGUCUAGUGUGUUGGUUGGUGUUAAAGAAAUGGUCCGUGUUCUACCCGUGUUCUCUACCUCCCGGGCCUAUUACUUUCCACAGUAAGGGCCAGUCAUGCGCCCUCUGAACCCUCAUCUGCCCUGUUUGUGCGGCUAACUGAGAACAAUGGUUGUUUAUCCUGGUCCCACACACACUGCUCACUGCUCAGGUCUACACCAGCAGAGAGUUGUUUGGGGUUUGGUGGGGUGUGAGCCUUUGUCACCUCGUGUUUAAUCUGUG